GCCCUCGAGACUUGAAUGGGUUCCGGCAAUCGACGGCUCGAUUUUAUUUUGGCGGGACGAGCCAGACGGAAGCGACGGCCAAUCAAGGACCUGCUUUUUGUUGCGCCCACUGGAGAGCAGCGGACGAGACAAGACGCCAAGGCGCGAGCCAGCAGAGCAGACGGCGCGACAAGCUACAGGACCUCCUCCAAGGAAAAAUUCGCCCAGGACGUUGUGGAGCGCAGCGUGAGGAUGAGCCAGUUCGCUGUCCUCCACACAGGCCAGAAGAUGCCGCUUAUCGGACUCGGCACGUGGAAGAGCUCGCCAGGGCAGGUGAAAGAGGCGGUGAAAUGCGCCCUGGAGGCGGGCUACCGCCACAUCGACUGCGCCGCCGUCUACGGCAACGAGGCGGAGAUCGGACAGGCGCUCGGCGAGACCUUCGCGCAGCCGCACGGCGUGCGGCGGGAGGACGUCUUCGUCACGUCCAAACUGUGGAACACGUGCCACCACCCCGAGGACGUGGAGCCCGCCCUCCUGCGCACCCUGCGCGACCUUCAACUGGACUACCUUGACCUCUACCUCAUCCACUGGCCCUACGCCUUCCGGCGCGGGGAGGAGGCCUUCCCCAGGGCCGGCGGGGACGGCCCGCUGCUCUACGACGUGGUGGACUACCGGGCCACCUGGGGCGCCAUGGAGCAGCUGCUGACCAAAGGCCUGGUGCGCGCCAUCGGCCUCUCCAACUUCAACAAGCGCCAGCUGGAUGAGGUCGUGGCCGCCGCCUGCGUCAAGCCCGCCGUCCUGCAGGUGGAGAGCCACCCGUACCUGGCGCAGACAGAGCUGCUGGCGCACUGCCGCUCGCUGGGCGUGGCCAUGUCGGCCUACAGCCCUCUGGGCUCCCCCGACCGGGCCUGGAAACACCCCGACGAGCCCGCGCUCCUGGACGAGCCCGCCCUGUCCGCCUUGGCCGCCAAAUACCAAAAGUCGCCCGCUCAGAUCCUCCUCAGGUGGCAGACGCAGCGCGGCGUGGUCACCCUUCCCAAGAGCGUAACGCCCUCGCGCAUCCGACAAAACCUGCAAGUGUUUGACUUUACGCUCUCGGCGGAGGAGAUGAGCGACCUGGCGGCGCUUAACAAAAACUGGCGUUACAUCCUGCCCGUCAUUCAAGUGGAUGGGAAGCCGGUUCCCCGCGACGCCGGGCAUCCUCAUUACCCCUUUAACGACCCCUACUGACGGCCCGUGUCAAUGUCAACGUUUGUACCUUCGUCCAGCCCCGUCCAACCACAAGCAAGCGGUGACA